AUGGAUUAUAUGAACAACCCCUUCGCUUAUGGCGAACACAAUGUUGGCCUUCUUGACCAUCCGCCGAUCGGCUACAGCGUCCCGUUUUCGUUCUCCCAGUGUAACCAGCCAACUGAUCCUUACUUUGCCUCCUACCAUCCCGCCGAAAUUUCCGCGUUUCCCGGUUUCUACGCCCACUCGGGACCCUUUGAAGACUACGACGAGUACGUCGAAAAUCUAUCACGACCUCGCUUAACCAAAGAACAAGUCGAGACUCUGGAGGCGCAAUUUCAGGCUCAGCCGAAACCUACUAGCAAUAUCAAACGUCAGCUAGCUGUACAAACAAAUCUGACUCUACCGCGAGUUGCAAAUUGGUUCCAGAACCGGAGAGCGAAGGAAAAACAACAAAAGCGUCAAGAGGAAUUUAAAAGGAUGCAAGCAAUGAAAGAUUCCGAAAUGCCAAAGGUUGGAGAGUCUUCAACAUCAGAUGGAAAAGAAACCCUUUCUCGGACCGAAGGAAACCAGACUGUGGACAACCUUACCCCCUUGCCUACCAAAUCCCAGUUGUCGACCCAAAACGAUUGCAAUUCUGAUUCGGAGUCACGCAGCGGUUCAUCGACACGGUCUCAUCCUACGUACCAGGAAGACACGAGUGUUUCAGGUCAGAGCUGCGACUCACAUGGCCAAAGCGAAAAAACAAAUACAACAAAAAAGGCUAACGGCGAUUAUGGCUGUUUAGCACGAGAAGACAGUGUGGCGUCAGAGCAGUAUACAAGUAGCUUAGCCACUGAUUUACCCAUUUCGACGCCUUCAACGUGGGAUGUUAUUCAUUCCAGUAAUGCUUCCAGCACAGGAAACAUGGAUGCUAGCCAAUCGUCUAGCUCACCGCAAUGCGAUGACUUCAGCUCGACUACAGGAUGGUCCCAAGAGUCAAGCCAUGUGGGAAAGCCAUUAUUUCGCGUGUCAUACAAUACGUGCGAGCUACCUUCUGAGUUGCCAAAGGAUUCGCUGUAUCCUAAUGGCGGGUCGUUCAUGGAGUCGUACCCAGCGUCAGAAAUCCCCACCUUUGGGGUUUCGGGUUUAGCAGUCAGUCGGCAGGAUACUUGCCCACCGGACCAUAUAGAUCAUUCGGGUCCUGGAAACCAUCUUGAAAGCGUUUCUAUCACCGAGAAGUCCUCAGAGGAAGAAUCGCACGGCCCCAAGAUCUCUCCGUCAAAUACCAGCGUCUUUCCGCAUCGCCGUGAUAAGAAGCUGGAUCUUGCAGCACGUCGAAAACGGCCUCGUCCCGCUGCCAUCGGAAUUGGUGGCCCAAAUCGCGCUUUGAUUGGGCCGUCCUCUAUGUCCCCAACCGCGAGAACACCCUCAUGGGGAGUAUCUCACUCAUUACGACACGCCAAAUCCUCCCAGAGCCUUGGCUCCAACUUAAGCCCGCGAUAUGCGGGAGUUCGUAAAGUUUCGGCUCCGCUCCGUUCGCCUCUUGGAAUGGCAGCUUCACUGGACAUUACUGGGACAUCUUAUCCCGGUGCGGACUUCAUGGUGCCUCCGUUGGUUGCCACAAGCAUGGCACCGCCCACUCCACUAACGCCAGAGGGCCUCCAGUACCUACUUCCCCCAACUCCAAACGAUGUACAAUACUGCCUCUCACCGACCGACGAAAUGCGGUGUCACCGUCCAUUCCCAGUGCAGCAUUAUAUAGAAAAUCAGUCACCCCCAAGAACCCCGCAGCCGCCCAAUGUCUUAUCGCAACUCCAUUACCAAUCCUUGGCCCCAUCCCUAUCUGCAUCUACAGUCUCGACGGUUUAUGAGAAUUAUUCGCUUCCAAUAUCGCAUGAUCUCAUGCAGAAUAAUUUAUGGACCGAACCAGCUUUGGUCCCAGGAAAUAUAUCGAUGCCAGAAAUUCACAUGCCCAAACCGACCUAUAUCUCUCCUGUUGCCCACCAAAGCCACUUUUAUGGCCUACACAUCGCUAAUGGGGAAGAUUUGUCAACCAGUUUUCCGUCAUCUCCGUCGCAACCGACGUCUUCGUCGCUUGCACAGAAGCCCAAUGCUGAAUUAUUGAUCAAGGAUAUUUUCAAUCAGCAGGAAAACCAGGGCCACACAACACCUGCCUUCUGA